GAGCAACUUUCGAGCCGGACUCACAUAAAAAGCCUCACCCACCCUUCACUUUCUUCCAUCUUUCUCUUUAUCUCUCGGAAAGCAACCAACUCGUCUUCUUCUUCCUCUCAAAUCUUCAGCAUCAAUCAAACAUGUCUGCUUACAGAGGCAAAUACGCUGAUGAGCUUAUCGCCAAUGCUGCCUACAUUGGCACCCCUGGAAAGGGUAUUCUUGCUGCUGAUGAGUCAACUGGCACAAUCGGCAAACGUUUUGCCAGCAUCAAUGUUGAGAAUGUUGAAUCAAACAGGCGUGCUCUUCGUGAGCUCCUCUUCACUGCCCCUGAUGUGCUCCAAUACCUUAGUGGAGUGAUCCUCUUUGAGGAAACCCUCUACCAGAAGACUGCUUCAGGCAAGCCAUUCGUUGACGUCUUGAAGGAAGGUGGUGUUCUCCCCGGUAUUAAGGUCGACAAGGGUACCGUAGAGCUUGCCGGAACCAAUGGUGAGACCACAACCCAGGGUCUCGAUGGCCUUGCCCAGCGCUGCCAGAAGUACUAUGAAGCUGGUGCACGGUUCGCAAAAUGGCGUGCUGUGCUCAAGAUUGGCCCCAAUGAGCCAUCUCAGCUGUCCAUUCAAGAGAACGCUAAUGGGUUGGCUCGUUAUGCUAUCAUCUGCCAGGAGAAUGGUCUAGUCCCCAUCGUUGAGCCAGAGAUCCUGGUUGAUGGACCCCAUUCCAUCGAUAAGUGUGCUGAUGUGACUGAGCGUGUUCUUGCUGCGUGCUACAAGGCUCUUAACGACCACCAUGUCCUCCUCGAAGGAACUCUGUUGAAGCCCAACAUGGUCACUCCAGGAUCCGAUGCCAAGAAGGCUUCACCAGAAGUGAUUGCCGAGUAUACAGUUCGUGCCUUGUUGCGCACUACCCCUGCAGCUGUCCCUGCUGUCGUGUUCUUGUCCGGUGGACAGAGUGAGGAGGAGGCUACCCUCAACCUUAACGCCAUGAACCAACUCAAGGGAAAGAAGCCAUGGUCUCUAUCCUUCUCCUUCGGACGUGCUCUUCAGCAAAGCACACUGAAGGCAUGGGCAGGGAAACAGGAAAACAUCCCAAAGGCACAGGCUGCUCUCCUCACAAGGGCCAAGGCCAACUCAGAGGCUACUCUUGGAACCUACAAGGGUGACGCCAAGCUCGGUGAGGGUGCUGCAGAGUCUCUCCAUGUGAAGGAUUACAAGUACUGAAGAAAUUUACAGUUGCUUCUCUUGUUUUGGUUUUGGAAAACUAUCUUGCGGUAUGUGUAUGGCUUUUGUCAUUCUCGGGCAUAUAGGGUUAGGGUUUUUUUUCGGAUUUCUGUUCUUGAUCUCUCUGAUUUUAGGACGGUGGUAGAAUAAAAGGCUUGAGGACCAUUGGCAUAUGUUGAGUUUGAAAAAUGUUUCUUUUUCUUGUUCAAAAGAACUGUGUAGGUUCUUUUUUAUUGCCUGAAUUGAAGGUGGUAAGGAUUCUAAUUUCCCAAAUCCAGUUUUUGUGUA